AUGACCACAGCUUUCGCCACGAGAUUCGAGCAGUUCGAGAAUAACCUCCAAAACAUUAAAAACACAGCAGCUGCUUCAAAUAAUAAUUCAAACGUCAACGACGUAGUCGGGGACUUUUACGCUUUUCGGUCAUUUGUAAUUGCGUCACUGUCGACGCUUCACAGGCAAGUAGAAUUACUUCAGAAAAUAUCUGACCAAGCGGAGAUGAGGUCCAGACGUAAAAUGCUACUGGUGCACGGAAUACCAGAGCAUAGUAAAGAGGAAACAUCGGCAGCUGUCGUUAAGAACCUAACCCAACAUCUUAAAACCCCCAAGCUGGAUGUGACUUCCAUUAGUAGGUCACACCGUGUUGGUAAAAAUAAAAGUGAUAAGCCUCGGCCCAUACUUGUAAAAUUUGAAGACGUGGAUUUAAAAAAAUCAAUAUGGUUUAGUAAAACUGCCCUAAAAGGGUCUGGAAUUACUCUGUCUGAGUUUCUUACCAAAUCUAGACAUGAGACUUUUAUGACUGCCCGUCGAAAAUUUGGGGUGAACAAAACCUGGACAAGUAAUGGUACUAUUUUCAUACUUGAUUCAAAGGGAUCGAAACACAGUGUGAAUUCUGUCGCUGAAUUAGAUGCUAUUACCACCGACACAACGCACGAACAAUUGAGAGCUGGAGAGUGUGGUGCUGAUCAGAAGCAGGAGGCUGCAGGUAACACCAGGCCAAAGAGAACUAACAGGAAUAAGUAAAUAAGCAUAAACUAAACUAAAGUAAUAAUUACACAAAUCAAAUCCUAAGUUCUUUUUCAUUUAAAUUACUUGAAUUAAACUCCUUGAUCUAGUGUUUCUAUAAUGAUUUGCAGUAUGUAUGGCUAGGAAUUUGUUAAAUCUAAGUAUCAAUCUCCAUCUAAUUCUAUUUUGUUUAAUGUCUCCCUACUCCUCAACUUGUAUGUCUACUUUAUAAGGCUAGCAACAUUUUGUAACAAACUAUUUGUUAUUAUUAAACACUGGACUCUUGUUUAUAAUACUAAUCUCAAUUUAUUCAAUGUUAAAUUGAUAUCUAAUUUCUAACUUAGACUUCACUUAUUUGAUAGAACUGAAACUGAAACUGUGAAUCUUGAAAUAAGUUUGUACUUUAAAGUAGUAUAUGAUAAAAUUUGUACAAUAUGUAAGCAUUACUUGAUUAUAUGUGCCUAGUCAACAUAAUAUAAUAUUAGGUAAUAUUGUUUACAUUUUUGUGUCACUAUUUACCUACAAGAAAUUUAAUUAACUAUAUAUUUAAUAAACUUAAA